AUGGCGAAACGGAACGCAUCGAUAGUGUUGCAAUACUCUACAGCUUAUCCGUUCAGGUACCGAGGUAAUGUUUUCCUAUGCGCCUACUGCAGCGAGGGCUACGAAGAUCCUAUCCACUUAAGGAGACAUAUUAAUUGUAAUCACCAAAAGUUCAAAGUCUCAAGAGCAUUCGGCCAUACCAGCAGCGGCAAAGAUUACCUUAAGGUUGACUGUACCGAUCUAAAAUGUAGGCUGUGUUUCAAAUCUUUCCUGAACUUAGAAGAAGUCGCUCGACAUCUCAUUGCAAAACAUGAUUGUAAAGAUACUCGACAGCUAUGUCUUGACUAUGACAUAGGCAUGCAACCGUACAAGUUAGUAAAGGAUAACUGGAUUUGCUUCUUGUGCGAGUUCAAAUUUCCAACUGUAACAAAACUCUGUCGCCAUAUGUCAUCGCAUUAUCAAGAGUAUACAUGCGAAGUUUGUGGGACCGCAUUGGAAAUUCACGGACGUAGAAACAGUGCGAAUGAACCAAAAAAGAAAAUUGUACUUGUAUACCAGCCGCCACAGCGGCGAAACGCUGAACUUAUACUAACUUAUUCUACCGCGUACCCCUUUAAAACUAGAUUUAGUCAAAUACUCUGCUCAUAUUGCCACGAAGAAUAUAGCACUCUCUCAGAUUUGAGAUACCACAUGAAAGUCGAGCAUAUUAACUCUGACUUUAAAAAUGUAUUUUACAGAGCUAAAGAUAAUCUCAUUAAGAUUGAUAUAACCAAUUUAAAAUGUACUAUUUGCACUCAGGAGAUCCAAGAUAUCGACGGUCUAAUGAGUCAUUUAUAUAGCGUACAUAACAAGCCUGUCAAAUUCAAUGCUCGUUAUGGCGUUCUGCCUUACAAACAAAGUUCUGAAAACCAGUGGAUUUGCAUAUACUGUAAUAAGAUAUUAAAUGCGUUUAUUAGUUUUAAACGACAUAUUGUUACACAUUUUAUGAAUUAUACAUGUGACAAAUGCGGAACGAUGUUUGUGUCAGACCACGCGUUAAGAGAUCAUCAUCGCCAGGUUAAAUGCUUCAGGGCUGCUUACAAGGCUCGAAACGGGAGGGUCUUGAAGCCCAGAACAAAUGCAGAAAUAAUUCUCCAAUGUUCUACGGCUUCCCCGUUCAGAACUUGGAAAAGUAAUUUCAACUGCGUAUUUUGUAGGGUACAAAGUAAUGAUCCCAGCAGUUUAAGGCUACAUGUGGUUACAGCUCACGCUAAUUAUGAUGUUAAAGCAGCGUUUUAUAAAAAACUAGGAAAAGAUUUUUUAAAUAUUGAUAUUACUGAUCUUCAAUGCAAACUCUGUUUUAUGCCAAUAGAUACUUUUGAAAAUCUUAUUUACCAUCUAAAGAACGAUCACCAACAACCCAUAAAUGAUGAUGCACAGUUAGGUGUCCUGCCAUUUCGAUUGAAUGACGGAUCAAUAUGGAAGUGCACAAUAUGCCCAAACGAAUUCAAAGACUUUGUGUCCCUAAAGAAGCAUACUUCAGAACAUUUUCAAAAUUACGUUUGUGACACAUGCGGUGAAGGUUUUAUUACGGAAUCUGCAAUGAUAGCUCAUACGAAAAUACCUCACGAAAACAAGUAUAACUGCAGUCGUUGUAUAGCUACGUUUUCUUCGCUGGAUGAAAGAAAUUUACAUGUAAAAACACAACAUACCUCUAUGCCUUACAUGUGUGUGUAUUGCAAAGAGAAACCGCGCUUCGCGAACUGGGAGGUUCGGAAAAAGCAUUUGAUGGCAGUUCAUAAUUACAAAACUGGAGCUGAUAAAUACGAAUGUACGACAUGUCAGAAGUCUUUCAAGACGAGAUCUGGAAAAUACAAUCACAUGGCGAGAGUACAUAGAAUUAAGAAAGAUUCAGAACUCAAUUACCCUUGUCCAAGUUGUCCAAAAGCUUUUACAACCAAAUUAUUCUUGGACAAGCACGUUGCUAAAAAGCACAUUGAUGUGUGA